AUGGCGAGCACUCCGGGUCUCCGGCUGACACACAACCCACCAGCACCACACCAGAUGGCCGACUCCCAUCCACUCCAAUCGACCUACAACAGCCAGCCGAGCUCCUCGAAAACAACCGACGCCCACCUGCCCUCGUCCACCUCGGCUAGCACGCUGACCGAUGGUUUCGCUCACGCCGCUCUCAAGAAAUUCAAGCUGGUCUUCUUGGGCGAGCAGUCGGUCGGCAAGACGUCGCUCAUCACUCGGUUCAUGUACGACACCUUUGACAACACCUAUCAGGCGACGAUCGGCAUCGACUUCCUGAGCAAAACGAUGUACCUUGAAGACCGGACCGUUCGAUUACAACUCUGGGAUACAGCUGGUCAGGAGAGGUUCCGCUCACUGAUACCUUCGUAUAUUCGUGACUCGUCAGUAGCCGUGGUGGUCUAUGAUGUCACUAACCGAGCAUCCUUUAUUAACACUUCUCGAUGGGUUGAUGACGUACGGGCUGAGCGGGGAAAUGAUGUGAUCAUUGUCCUGGUGGGCAACAAGACAGAUCUAGGUGACAAACGUCAAGUCUCCACAGAGGAAGCCGAGCGUAAAUCGAAGGAACUCGACGUGAUGUUCAUCGAAACCUCUGCCAAGGCUGGCCAUAACGUCAAGACCCUCUUCAAGAAAAUUGCACAGGCCCUGCCCGGAAUGGAUAGCACAUCUCAGGCCAACACAAUCGAUGUUUCGGUCUCUCCGACCACAAAUGAUCAACAGGCCGGCUGUGCUUGUUAA